AUGCUGAGACGCCGCUCUGUCACAGCCUAUCUCAUCCUUCUCUGCGUCGUGAGCACCGUCCAGGCUAUCAACUAUACUCUUUGCAUCGAUCAAACUCGCAGUGGUAUCUUCAACGGCACCAGGUACCCCAAUGGUACACUCUAUCCCAAUGGUGGAGCUCUGGAUAGCUACGGACGACCUGCUCUCAACCAGUCGCUAGCUACCGCGAUACCCUACUUAUUAUGCGAAGAGAAGUGUGGAUCAAGCCCAGAACCGUUCGACUGGACCAUCUUCAGCACGAACUUCAGUGCAUGGUUAUUACCUUGGCUCGCUCUGGUCUCGCAGCUUCCUUUCGGCUCUCAACUCAGACAUCACAACGCCUUAUCCGUCUUCCUCACCAUAGGAUCACCGGCUCUCGCUGCAUACUCGCUGAUCAUCUGUGCACUCAACUGGUUUUGGGCCCCGCGCGCAUUCGAAGGCAUUCGGUACCCCAACAUCGAAUAUGCCUGGCGCAUAUUAGGCAGUCUUCAGCACUCGCCACUGCACAUAGAUGAUGAUAGCGAGCUGCUUGCAAGUCUCGUUACUCUGCCUGAGAACGAUCAGUGGUGGGAAUGUUUGGCCCGCGGUCUAGAUUAUGAAGAGACGUGGACAACCGCCAUCAUCUUCCAGACAGCCUGGGUCGUUGUCGCCUUCGCUCUCACGGUUGUCGACUCCUUCCAAAACGGUCUAGGGAAUGAUUUCAAGAGCAGUGGCAGAGGCACGGGUACAUUAUUCCUGUGGAUAUUGGCUCUAGUUAUAGGAUGGCAGAGGCUUUCCCCUCGAUGCGACUUUGUGCGGGUCCGUGACGCCCUCCAACGGGCCAACGAGACUGUAUACACGAUCAGUGAUUCGCUCAGCGAAGUCGUCAAGACCCCGCUCUCACGUCGGGAACCCACACCGUUUCUUUCGGUGCAGCCUCAACUCGUCGAUAUCGUCAGCUCACCGCGACGCCGUCCUGGCCCUGAGACGAGUACAGGACCUUCAGUACGAAAGUGCAGAACACGCUUCCCGUUUGCCUUGAUGCACUACGAUGACGACAGAAGUGCGAGUGCGCCGAUAUACAGCGACUCGCGGUUGCUUCCCUGGACGAUGAAUGUCGAGCUCGUGGCCGGCGCGUUUCAUGCUGCCGCGGAAGUGAUGGCUUCGCGGAAUCUGGACCCAAACGAUCGACGUGCCCGCCGCAGCGUCCACCAUGAUGUUGAACAUCGUAUACACCAGAGUGUACGGCCGCUUGAUUGGCGCACUAUCAUACGACGGGUCAGCUUUGCGGUAGUUCUAGCUACGAUGCUCCAUUGGGGCACGGUAGGUAGCGCCGUUGUGUACUCGUGGCUGACGCCUACGUCUGGCUUAGGCUGCCGUAGCGGUUCCUUCCUGUUGUACGCCGCGGUUGGCCACAUAGCUUGGAUCGCCAUCGUCUCUUCAUCAUUCCUCAAUCACUAUGCUCAAUGGCUUGAGCAACUACGCCAGACGGAACCUCGCGAAAGCACGUCCAAGCAUUGGCACCCUUCUCCUGGGAUGAUACGAAUGACCGUAACCUUCCUGCGAGUAUCCGGGAAAGUGCUCGCGAGCUUGAACGCCAUCUUCAUCGUCGUCGCGUGCAUCUUCCUGUUCUCGAACUUCUACUCCCGCUGUUGGUGCGACUCGAGCGUGCUCGGCCGGGGCAGGGACUCGUUCAAUGUCAUCGCACCAACCGACGAUGAUACGAAACAGCUAAAGACUGGUUUCAUCGCUGCCAUCGUCAUGUCUCUAGCUUCUUUGGUCAUCUUCAUCGGCUUCGUCUACAUGCACGUCGACCCUGCGCCACCGGAUCCGAACAUGCUUCAAGCCGAAGCACCCGAGGAGCACGCAAGAAAGCGUCGUCGCUCGCUGAGGGAGACCCUCGGACAGUCGCCCCCUGCCCGUACAUUGAAUCCGUACAGUCCGCGCCAUAUCGAGUCCUUCUCAGACGUACGGCGUUCUUCAGUCUCAAGCUCCGAGUCCUCCUAUUCCACGAUAACAUCGAGUCAAGAGUCGAGUUCUUCCACGAAAGUCGUACCUAUCAGCCAGCCAUCGCAGCUUCAUGCGCAGUGA